AUGAAUCCCCCUACCGAGAUCUCCCCUUCUAUCCGGUUCCUCCUCGACGAGAUCCACAGGAGGUUCGACGAGUCCGAUGCUCGCUUCGACCGGCUCUUCGCCAGGCUGCAGCAGCCCGCACGCGGACGCGCUCCCUCCUCCUGCAACGACGACUCGGGCGCCGUCCCCGUCGAUGCGUUCGUCACCUCCACCGAACCCGACGCGCCGCUCAGCACUGACCAGAAGCUCGUCCGGUACGGCCCCGUCAACACCCCCGCCUCCGAGUCGCUCCGCCCCGCGUCCGAGAAGGGCUUCUCCAUCGCGCUCGACGACGCUCCGCCGAUGAGGGAGCCGCGGGAUGCCGUCGAGGAGCUCCGCAUCGGCGCCCUCAAGCUGAGCGACGUCCUGGAGGAGCGAGUCUGCGAGCUGGCUUCCUCCGACACGACCGCGCCUCCACCGCCGACGGCGCAGAACUCAGUGCCCGCUCCGCCCUCCGACCUUCUGGACGGCGUCGACGUUGGAGCGUCCGCGUGCACCAUCCCCGACACUGCUAGCGUCGCCGACAUCUCCCUCGAGCUCGCGUCCGACGCCGAGGUGGUCCCGGACAACUGGGGAGGGCUGUUCGAGCAGCCUGCCCACGACCCGGAGGAGCGCGACCUCGACCUCUCCGCCAUCGAUGUCUUCGGCUCCGCCCAGAUCCGUAACGAGCACGGCCUCACCUCCACCGUCCCCGUCGCGCUACUCGACAUCGUCCACGAGCCCGCUCCAAUGCUCGACGCCGCGGAGAGUCCUCACCGCCUAGCCGCCGCGCUCGACGACAUCGUCGACCUCGACCGCCUCAGCCUCCUUCCAGAUGUGCUCCUCCGCGACAUCGUCUCUCGCCUCCCCAUCAAGGAUGCCGCGCGCGGCGGUGCUUUCCCGCCGCUGGAGGCCUCUCUCUGCGCCUCCCCAUCCGUGUCGCUGGUGCAGAUGGAGGCGCAGCCCUUCUUCCUCGUCGCAUGCACCAAGCAGGAGCGGCGCCCCAUCAUCCGCGCCGAGGGGAUGGGUGCCAGCGGCCGCGUCUUCGUCGGCGUGAACAUACAGCGGCUCCACGAUGACCCCGGCCUUCUCCACUGCGUCUGCCUCGGCCCCGUCAUGUGUGUGCUCCGUGCCACCCCACUCGGUGGCUACUAUGGCUCCCUCGACGACGACCCGGAGUCCGGCGUCACCCACUUCGACGCGCCGCUCGACCGAGCCGUCGGUCGUGAUGGCCAGGUACCCCCCGCGGCUGCCACGCUCCGCCCCGAUGCCGUGGGGGCUGCAGGUGGUGGGCUGCUGGCUUGGGUGAUGGCUGCGAGGUCAACGCAGGCCACAUGUUCGACGAUUUGCUCGGCCGUCGACAGCAGCUUCGCCGACGUCCCCAUCGGCGCGCUCUGGGAGGAGGAGAUGCUCCGCUGGAGCACGACCGGCGGCCUCGGCGACGUCCUCGGCGGCCUCCCGCCAGCCAUGGCCGCGAAAGGGUCCCAUGGGAUGACUUGGUCGACACACGUUGCUGAAGCUACUCCAACGUCAUCAACGACAUCUACACUUCCAGGUGCCUCAACUCCAAGCCCUGCCAUGUUGAGUUCGAUAUCUCUGGAGCAUGCUAGCUCGGGUGCACGCCAGGUGUUCGAGGAAUGGUCACUGCAUGCAGACAUCUUCUGCAACAUCUGCAUUGGCUUCGAGCUGCCGAGUCGUAUGUCACUGGGAGUCAAUCAACACCAACCAUGCCCACCAACACAUGUGCAAGUUGAGUUUGGGUGCGGCAGUGCUGAUGUACGUCCACUUCCCUGGCCAUCUUUCACCUUGGGCAACUGCUGUUCCGUGAGUCAGGCUGUUUGUUGGAAACCACCAUGGCCUCUUCCAUCUCUACAAGGCGUCCGUAUUGGAAUUGGAGCAAUGCUUUGUCUCUUCCCAGUAGUGGCUUGGCUUCCUCAUUGGCUGUGUUUUCAUUUUCUCUGGAAGCCACCAUGGCAGCUACCUGCAUUAGUGAUCCCAACGUAUUCUGUACAGCUGAAGCGUGGUGGGCUCACACAGUUUGAUUCUCACUCUCUAUUUCAUGUGUUUGGCAUCAGUUGUUGGGGACUACUUGCAGAGAUGAGACCUAUCAGCUCUAUGGUGCUCCUUCUGUCAAUCUUCGGACAUUCAGCAAACAUGCUGGUUUUGGAUGGCCCUGUUACUUUGGUUGGCAUAUUAGGUUGGUGCAGGUUCCCUAGAUGUUUCCUACUGUUGAGCUCUAUUUGGCCAGUUAAAAAGGAGCGCCAAUUGCUCGGUUCGGGUUUGGUUCUGAAUCUGGUGGGGUACAGUAACAUGCAUAUGCUUACUUUCGAGCUUCGUUCUAUACCCAUGCAACUAAUCAAGUAUGCUUCUGUACACUUUCUUCCUUCUGCUCCUAAUUCCAUAUUGGUAAGUCUGAAGUGUGGUAAUCAUCUCAAGCUCGAAGUAUCGGUUCCAGUGUACAAAUUCAAUAGCAACAUUAUGUUAUUGCAUCAGUUCACCACAACUGUACAAGCACCACCAAUUGGCGCCAUGUGGCUGCUACUUGCAAUUAAUUCUCUUGCUCAUGAGGAGUUUCAGUUCGGUUUUGAGAUAGAAAAGAUGAUGAGAACUACUGUUAUGGUGUUACUGCACAUUUUCACUAUGGAGGCAUCGGGUAACCACUUGAUUAGUUUCCCAGAGAUUCUGAAUUGGGCUUGGGAACGCUGGAUCUCCAUUUUCCUUGCUCAAGUUGACUUGUUCAGAUUAGUGCCAUGGGAUCCUGGUGGUUUGCAGCUCUUGCUAUCAGAUAGACCGAUGGAGACAUGA